AUGAACUUGAAUUCUGAUAAACGUUUUAAAAUUAAACGUGAGAUCGGGGUGCAAUUGCUACCCAAUAGUAAAAGAACUAUCCUGUUGGUGGGUCAUGCAGGAUCACUGGAAACGUUAACACGACAGUUGGCCGGUAAAAAACCACGUGAUCGUGAUCAGUUUCGAGCCUACAUCCAUAAAACUUCUUACUUGGCAAUGAACGAAAUAAUUGAAUUGGGUGAUCAAUGGAAGAUAACCGGAUCUCCAAUACCAUCUCUCAUUCACAGCGGUCUUGAUCGAUGCUGA